AUGUCACGAACAGCAGAGAUUACCACCAACCAACGCAAUUUUCUCCACUAUGCUCUUCAAAACAAUCUACGUCUAAACCCACCAACAAACCGUCCAUUCCUCGCCCACCGACCCAUCUCCAUCUACUUAUCCCCCACUGAAUACGGCUACGUUGAAGUGAGCUGGGGAGCAACCAAGCUAAGUGUACGAGUCACGGCGCAAAUUGUGAAACCAUACCCUGAUAGACCAUUUGAAGGGAUUUUUACCAUAAACAGUGAAGUAUCACCACAAGCAAGUUUGAAAUUUGACACUACUCGACAACAACAACAAGAUGAAGUCUUGGUAUCACGAAUUUUGGAAAAAGCUAUACGUAGAUCAAAUGCCGUUGAUUUAGAGAGUUUGUGUAUUGUUGCUGGUGAUAAAGUUUGGGAAUUGUGUGUUGAUUUGAAUUUUUGGAAUUAUGAUGGCAAUUUAAUUGAUGUUGGUUGUUUUGCCACCAUGUUGGCAUUGUUGCAUUUUCGUAAACCAGAUAUUAGUAUCCAUGGAGAUGGCGGGGCCGUUACUGUACAUGAUGUGAAUGAACGACAACCGGUUAGUCUAAGUAUUUUGCAUGUACCCAUUUGUUUAACAUUUUCAUUUUAUAAUUUAUCAUCGCAAGAGAUGAACAUCAAAGGGGGUGGAGCUACUGGUGGAGCCAUUGAAGACGGAUCUGGCACGUACCAUGACGACCUCGAAAACCAGGAUGAAAUAUGCCUUUUUGAUGCCGAUGCAUUAGAAGAAAGCUUGAGACAAGGUAGUUUAACAAUUACACUAAACAAGAAUCGAGAGAUUAUCCAAUUGAGCAAAAAUGGCGGUGUCCCCAUUGAUGCACAACAAUUGUUGGGUUUGUGUUUUGAAUCAGUAAAGAUUGUUGAUGAGUUGACGGAGUUGAUAAAGACUGAAAUCAAACAACAUGAGGAAAUGAGGUAUAAGCGGGAUAAUUUUAAAAUGUUGGAGUCAAGUGCUAGCAGAUGA